AUGGAAAUCUAUCCCUGUCCUGACCUGAACAUGCAGUGCAACGCCACCGGGGGAUACUGCAACCACAAGUGCAUGGAUGAUGAACUGGCUCUGUCGGGGCUCUGCAAGUACGACAACUGCUCCUGUUGUGUCAAAGACCCGUGUCCAGAUCUGAACAUGCAGUGCAACGCCACCGGUGGAUACUGCAACCACGAGUGCAAGUCUGACGAAGUGGCUCUGUCGGGGCUCUGCAGAUACGACAACUGCUCCUGCUGCGUCAAGGAUACAGAACCUUGUCCAGAUUUGGAUUUACAGUGUCACGCCAGGCACGGAUACUGUAACCAUACGUGCCUGCCUGACGAAAUGGCUCUGUCAGGAUUCUGCAAGUACGACAACUGCUCCUGCUGCGUUAGGGGAACAACAGACCCGUGCCCAGAUCUGAACAUGCAGUGCAACGCCACCGGGGGAUACUGCCACCGCGAGUGCCAGUCUGGCGAAGUGGCUCUGACGGGGCUCUGCGCUCACGAAAACUGCUCCUGCUGCGUCAAGGACCUCGCAGCGGCACGAUUAGUGAAGGUUGUUACACCUAUUAAUGGUCAGGCCGCAGCAACGGGCACCAUCUUCAGGGAGUAG